CUGUAUUGACUGGUCCUAGUUCAAUAUAAUUCUUAUUUCUUUCACUCACACGUGUUUUUAAUAUUUGGAGAAGUAAGCAAUAUCCAAAUAAAAUGAAUUUUAUACCUUGCUUGACAUGGGUCGCGAAAGGCAUCCCAAAAGCGUGCCCCGAUAAAUUGCAACUUUCUGCUGAAGAGCUGAAAAAACUUGUCGAGGAAACGAAGGAAAUGGUCGGUCAGACUGAAGAAGAUCCGGAAGACGAGGAAGAACCAUUAUCUGAUACUGAAAAGGACGAAGUGGCUUCUGAGAAUGAAAAUGAGCUUUCAUCAAAAGAAAAUGAGAAUGAUGAGGAAAAAGACUUUGAAUCCAGAUACAAUUUAGAUGCAUACGAUGAAGAAGAGGAUGAUCGACCAUUCAUGAAUAUAAAUGAUGUUGCUGUUUAUGUUGACAACAAAGAAGAUAAUUACCUUGAAGAACCUGAAGAAGAAGAAGAUGAAGAUGAGAAAGAAGAACAGGAAGACUUUUUAAUUAAAGCAAAUGAUAAUUUGCUAGUUGUAGGUCAUGUUGAAGAAGAUAGCUCUGUUUUGGAAGUUUAUGUUUACAAUAAAGAUGAUGAUGCACUAUAUGUUCAUCAUGACAUAGUUCUUCCUGCAUAUCCUUUGGCUUUGGAAUGGCUUGACUUUCAUCCAUCAGAUGAGACACCAGGGAACUAUGUUGCUGUUGGUGAUAUGAGUCCUGUUAUCAAAAUAUAUGAUUUAGAUGUCGUUGAUAUAUUAGAACCUGACUAUUGCCUUGGAGAAGAACCAAAGAAAAAGAAGAAACAACCAAAAAUUAAAAUGAACUGUCAUGAGGAUGCCGUUAUUAGUCUUAGCUGGAAUAAACAUACUAGAAAUAUUUUAGCUAGUGGUUCAGCAGAUUCUUCUAUAAUAGUAUGGGACCUUCAGGAAGGAGUUGCAUUAAAUAAGCUAAAUAUCCAUACUGGAAAGGUUCAAUCAUUGCAGUGGCAUCCCUUUGAAAGUCCAUUCUUACUCUCUGGAUGUACUGAUGGAAUAAUAAAUGUAUAUGACUGUCGAAAUCCUGAUUCAGAAUGCAAAAGGUGGUCAGUUGAAUGUGAAAUUGAGAGAGUUUUAUGGAAUUUGUUCGAUUCUCUAAAAUUUUUUUGUUCUACUGAUACUGGCUUUGUACACAGCAUUGAUAUGAGAAAUACAGACAUUGAACAUAGCAUUAAGGUGCACAAUGAAGGUGUUACAGUUUUAGAUAUGAGUCAAGAACGUAACAAUAUUUUAUUGACUGGAAGCAUGGACAAGACUAUAAAAAUUUGGAAUAUUGAAAAUGGAUUUACUCUUUUAAAAUCGCAAAAACUGAAAGUGGGUUCAGUGUAUACAGCUAGGUUUUCUCCAGAUUCAGGUUUAACAGUUGCUAUUGGUGGAAAUAAUGCUUCUCACAGUUUAAAAAUUCUAGAUGUAGCAGAAAUGCUAAAUGGUGACAAUUCUGAAACAAACAGUAAAACACCAAAAUCUAGUGGUGCAACAAAUGGACAUGUUAAUAAUACUCCUCCAAAGAAGAAAAUAAAGAUAGCAAACAAAUAUGAAUCAACAGAUGUAAAAAUGGAAGAAUAAAAUUUAUUUAUUUAUUUAAAAAGUGUU